AUAGCCUGUUCUUUCCUCCCGUGGACGGUGUAAGACCGUCAGCGCUAGUCUACCGCAAGCGCGAGGCACAGCACCGCGACGUCAGUAUAAACCCCGGACCCCACCCAGCCGUAAACACAUAAAUACCAACCCCCACAUCCGACGAACAUAGCCCGUCCCACUGAGCCACCAUCACAUUCCGGACAUACUUAUAUUUGACUGGAAAGAAAGAGUUAUGGAAGGUAGCGCAAUGGCGGAUAGACACGCUCUGAAAGAGAUAGACUCCGUGACCAUUCAGGUCCUCGUCGACAACGAACUCGAUCCCAUUACCAAAAGCCAGAACCCCGCCGUGGUGGAUGCGACGAGUUUCCGCCUGAGGGAGCUGCCGGCGGGUGAGCGGGGCCCUGCGGCCAUGGAGAUGCGCAUGGAGGAUAUAUGUUGCGGGGCCCACGGCCUCUCCCUCCUCAUCACCGCCUCGGCAGGAGACGCAUCUCACACUCUCCUCUUCGAUGCCGGCCCCGAGGAAGACGUCUUCGAGAAGAACGUGGCCCGCUCGCGCGCCGACCUCUCCACCGUCGAGCACGUGCAUCUCAGCCACUGGCACCGCGACCACUCCGGGGGCCUGCCGCGCGCGCUCCGCAUGAUCAACGCCGCGCGGAAGGCGGACAGCGCGCUGGGGAAGCCGGUCAUGGAUGUGCAUCCCGAUCGGCCCAUCUAUCGGGGGUUCAAUGCGGGCCCGUUUGUCGCGAGCUUGGAGGCGGAUCCGACGUUUGAAGAGCUAGAGGGCGCGGGGGCGAGGGUAGUCAGGGAGGGGGGGACGCAUGGGGUGCUGGAGGACACGUUCCUCGUCUCCGGCGAAGUACCCCGGAACACCGCCUACGAGGUCGGGUUCCCGCGGGGCAUGCGGUUCACGGCGGAGGGCGUGUGGGUGCCCGACGAGCUAAUCCGGGACGAGCGCUUCGUCGUGUGCAAGCUCAGAGGAAAAGGCCUCGUCGUCUUCGCAGGCUGCUCGCACCCCGGCAUCGUCAACAUCUGCCAGCACGCGCUCGCCAUCGGCGGCGGUGCGCCCUUGUACGCCGUCGUUGGGGGGUUCCAUCUCGCCGACGGGGACGCGGCGAAGUUGGAGGCCUCGAUACAGGGCUUGCAGGCGCUGAAGCCAAAGAUCCUCAUGCCUGGGCAUUGCACGGGGUGGCGGUUCAAGUUCAAGAUCGAGCAGGAGAUGCCUGGGGCAUUGGUCCCGUGUUUCAGUGGGACGAGGUACACGCUGAGUGGGGAGGGCGUCGGGGAGGGGGUGGCGUGAUGGGGGAAGGGAGUUUAGAGGCGAGGCGCAGGGAGUCGGAGUGGUAGGGAUCUAGCGAGGCGGCAUGGUCGAUCUGGUUUGCUUAUGGGCACCAGAAGGCCGGUGUUGUGGCGUGAGCUUCAAGCGGGUGUGAUGGUCAAAUUGUCAAAUCAGCGAUUUCCAUCAACCUCAGUAUAGGAUAUAGCACAUCCCACCGCAUCGUAGGGCGCAACAUUCAGACACUAAACAAU